AUGAUAGAUGAAAACAGGCGUCGCGAUGAUCCACCUAAAUCAAAAUCAAAAAAAAAAUCAAAAGGAACAGCUCAUGUACUCGAUGAACCAAUCGAAAGUACAUUUGAUGCCAUGCUCGAAAGUGCAUCAAAGUCUACUAGUUUUGCUGCAUCAUCAAAACAAAAAUCAGGUCGAAAAUCUAUUACUGAAGCAACUAGUGGCUGGUCAAAUGAUAUUACUGGCAAUGAUGAUAGUGGAGAUAAUACAAAUAUACCUCCAGUGAUCCGACGAAGUAAUCGUCGAGCAGCCGAAGAAAUUAUUGCUACAGAUAUUCCUACAAUUCCAAUGGAUGAAGCUGAUAAUGAUAAUCCCAUGAAUAUGACGCUACAAGUAGCUGUUGCUCCAGUAUUUUCUGCUAAUCAACUAGCUUCUUUCAAAGAAAUAGAAAAAGAUUUGUCUCGUGAACGUACCAGUAAACAUAUUAAUCCUAAAAUUGAUAUUGGUAUUUUAUAUCAUGAACUUCAUUUACAAGAACAAUUUAAUGAUGAGGAUCAAAAACUAUGGAAUUGGGACAAAAUUUUUGUUGAAAUUCGAAAUGCUAUAACAAAUCCGACAAUUGAACAAUAA